ACUUUCAAGGUCACGGUGCUUCACUCGACUCUUAUGGAUUGUGACAGAUACGAAGAAGGUGAUUUAUAUACGAAAAAAAAGCAUCUUUGGUCUAGUCUACUCGAAGAGGUUACACACAAAGCUGCAGUAACAUUGUCUCCCUCCAAAACUCUUGUUGUUUUGGGUGAUGACGAGUGUGGGAAAACUACUCUAAUAGCACGACUGCAGGGUACAGAAGAUCCAAGAAAAGGUUUUGGACUUGAGUACACUCUUUUAGAUAUCAAGGAUGAAGACAGAGAUGGUAUGGAUCGGUUUUAUAUCGGAUGUUUUUGCAUCGCGUAGAUCAAACGAAGCUGAAUGUGUGGAUUUUGGAUGGCAACACAAUUCAUAGUCAUCUUUUAAAGUUCGCAAUCAAUGAAGAAUCGUUCGGAGAUUGCUUCGUCAUGAUAUGUGUGAGCAUGAUGGAACCAUGGAAUAUUAUUAGCAGCUUAAAUAAGUGGGUUGGUAUCUUAAGAGAACAUAUUGGUAAUCUCAAAGUUUCAAAUGAGAAGCUUCAAGAACACAAGAAAAAUAUUUUGCGCCAAUUCUGUAGUUAUCUAGAACCUGAUGUACUAGCGAACACUGCUCAUGUCGCGCCCAUAUUUAUCAGCCCAUCUGGCAAUCAUCAACCUAAUGGACUUGUUUCACCGAAAAAGUUAUCAGGAAUACACCCUGCAACUGCUGCUCUUCUCUCAAGCACAUUAAACUCACUAUCCGAAACUGCGUCUCAGCCACCGUCGGUUAUAAAUGUUGAACAAGCAAACAUUUCUACGGAGACAAACACUGAUGAAAAUGCUCUAAUCAACAAUUUGGGGAUUCCAAUAGUUGUAGUGAUGACAAAGGCUGAUUGUAUGGGGACUCUGGAAAAAGAAAAUCAGUUCACAGAAGAACACUUUGACUUCAUUCAAAUGCAUGUUCGACGUUUUUGUUUGUCCUAUGGAGCGGCACUGUUUUAUGUGUCAGUAAAGGAGGACAAGAACUGUGAUUUGCUAAAUCGUUAUCUACAAAGUCGUAUUUACGGUUUUCCAUUCAGUCAAACUGCGUAUGUUGUCGAAAGAGACUGUAUUUUCGUUCCAGCCGGAUGGGAUAACCCAAAGAAAAUUGUAAUUCUUGAGGAAAACCUUACUCAAGUUCAACCUCAUAGUUUGUAUUCUGACGUAGUUCCUCCACCACCGUCGAAAAAAGCAGCAGCAGUUCGCGAACCGGAACUAUUUGCUCAAGAUGACCAAUCAUUUCUUACUCGCCUCUCGGUCAGUAUGCAAAGAGAUAAUGCUCAAGCAAAUAUUUCAAAUAAUACAAUAUCUGGUAAUUCGGAUUCUGUUAUGGAUCAGCUUGGAACAACUACUGCCUUGAUGAAUACAUCUUCUAAUGUUGGAAGUAGACCAGUUUCUGGAUCUCCUCGUACACCUGGUUCUGCUGGUAGAUCAAAGCCUCCUUCAGCUGUUGGUGGAGCUGCUGGGACAACAGGUGGACCUGGACCAGGGGCUUCUGAAGGUGUAUUAGCCAAUUUUUUCAACAGUCUGCUUAGCAAACGCACAACUGUUGUUGGUGGAGUUGGCGGUAUUGGUACAUCUGCAUCACUGAGUACACAAGGUUCUCUAGAUAGGACGUCGAUCUCACAAAAAGAUAUUCAAUCUGAGCUAAAGAGGUUGGCUCAAAGCUCUCGUGAAGCACUGGAUGUUGGAGACAAUGGUCCUGAACAGUUAUUAGGUGAUGUUCGACAACAAAACUUCGACGAAAUGAAAUCAGUUGUCUCCUCAUCUCCUAAACUGACGAAGACAACAUCUAGCACUAACGAGGAACCAAGUCAAGUUUAGCUAUGCAUUGAUUCUUAUUAUUUCCCAUAUUCCUGAUCUACGAAUUCAGUUAACAAUUCAGAUUAUCUUCAAUACAACGAACUGUAUGCUUUAAUAUAACAUUUUCAUUCUUCU